CGUCCAAACGUACGGCUCGAGGCUCAUCUCACCAUCGGCUGGGUUGGCUGAUAGACAACGGUUCCUGGUCACACCUAGGCCCCGUUGAACAGUGCAAUUGGCCUUGACUCCAGAUACUCGGCAUCCUUGGACUUUGCUCUACCAUAACCAUCUCUGUUAAUCUGCCUUGAGGUACCCCGCGAUCUGGCUCUACCUGUCGGGGCGGCGAGUGCCAUCGCCUCCGGGGGACUGCUGUGAAUCUUUCCUGGCACUACAUUCGAUAUAAAAGUUACAGGCGUUGCCUGUGGUCAGCAAGAUGUCUGGUCUUGAGGUCGUCGCUGCUGUGUCCGCUGUGAUAUCCGCGUUCCAUGGCGGGUCGGAGCUGCUCAAGCAUAUCAAAACGAAGCGUCGCACGCGCAAAGCCCGCGAUCAGGCCCAACAAGAAUUCGAGGAAAAGCAACUGCAGGAGUCUCUUGUGACAGGAGAGCAACAAAUCGGCUUUCGAUAUACACAGGACAUGAGGGAGCUGGGUGAUCUUAUGCGUGUUGGUGAUGUUGUGGCCCGGGAUCGCCUCUUCCAUAUUGCUAUUACACUGCAAGCCGAAGUCAUUCGCAGCUUGCAGAUGGCAUGCCAACACGAAACUGCCGUACUCAAUUUACGCCUGCUCCAUGAGGCAUCCAUCAUGAACAGGAAAGAUACGUUUUCUACCUUGGACGAGCUGAAACAAAGGAUCCUGAUUACUAGACCCAUGGCGCGACAAUUGCAGGGUGCACCUGAAGGCUUAGGGUCACGACAUUCGACGGCGACUGUGCAAACGAUGCUCACGAACAACUACAGACCAUUGAGUCCCAUACCGGAUAACUACAUCCCGCCAGCUGUUACUCUACCCCCGCAGGGAGAUUCUCCAAGCUCAAAGCACGGCUUAACUGAGUAUUUUCGGUCAAGGCGCAAGAACAGCACAUCUGCGCCAAAAUCGAACUCAUCUACACAACCUACCAAUAUCAACUCCAGCGAAGCGCUAGAACAUCUUGUCAGAUCAAGAGGAGGAGACCGCGCCGUCAUCAUGAAAGACAUCGAUGAGAUGAUCAGCUCUUAUAGAGGCCUACAUGUGAGCAACCAGCCAAGCGACUCGUGGGGUAACAACAGGUACAGUGGAGGUUACGGCUCACCAACACCAGAGGAAUACGGAGCGGGGAGCCUACUAGGCUAUCCUGCUUUCAAUCACAACCUAGACCCACACCAAGAGCAUCAUCUCUACAACCAUCAAAACGCAGCAGCAAAGAAUCCGUUUCCUCACAUGCAAACGCAAACAUCAAAGUCUCGAUGGUCGGACGCCUCGGCAUCUAGCUCCACAUUCUCAGACUCUACAUCGAUCAAUCGCAACAGCUCCAAUUCGUCACAGGGCUCAAAUGCGAAUACUCCUCCACUACCCCAAGAUUUUCAGUCGCUUUCUAUGAGUUCUAGCCUUCCACCUCAACCCCGGUUGGCUCAGCAGAACGUAUCUUACCAACAUCACGAUGAAGACCAUCGAGUUCCCUAUGCUCCGCUAGAAGAACGAUAUCCUUCUCCCAUUGCACCACUUGCACCCCAACGCGCAGCAAGUCAAACUAGCGUAUCACCGCAAGCUUCUCCACGGUUGAACUCACCAGCCAGUGCGCCUGCGCCAAUUCAUUCACGUGAGGCCCUUAGUCUGCCAGUGCCCAAGCCGUGGCCUGGUAGCCAGCAGCAUCGAGAUUCGUCCCCCGUAACACCGUAUGCGCCGCCCAUGGAGGAAGAACAGGCAAAUGUAACCAAGCCAGUGUAUCCCCAGUAUCAACUCGGACAACCCAUCGCACCCGACGCUUCAAGUCUGCACAGCAGCAAGAGCGCGCGCACCAUAACACCGUCUGGAUUCGCCGCCGUAGCAGCAGCAGCCACCUCCCUAGGCACAGCACCCGCCCUCGCUGGCCUCCGGCACACCAGCAUAGCCGCCUCGAUAGCCUCGACCGACAGCAGCGGCUCAGGCUCCAUCGGCAUCCUGCCCGGCUCGCGCAUGCGCCACACGAUCCGGUCCGACACGAUCCAAAGCGGGCCCGCGGGCCAGGAGAAGAUGAUGGACGGCCGCCCCUGCAAAGACAACAACUACUGGGGCUUCUGCAAAGGCGCCUGGGCCGUCCGCGAGGACGUGAAAAAGGGCCUUGCUAUCCGCACCCAGCCGUCCGGCUUGUACAACACCAAGCAGAUCUGGGAAUGCACUUCGUGCACUUUCAAAGGCGACACGUUUACCACGCCGCAUCCGACCAAGAAGAGUAAAACCGAAACCGUGGUCGAUCAGCGUAUUUAUGUUUCCAUGGCCGGCAUCCGCUAUCGCUGGAUCUUCCUGGCCAAGAGCCAUGUUAAGAAGAAGGCGGGCGAUUGCUUCAAUAGCGACGAGGGCAAUUAUGGGUGUGUGCUGUGUAGUGUCGAGGGGAACGUGACCGGUGUGUAUGGCGGGUUGGAGACGCUGAUGAAUCAUAUUGCCCUGACGCACGUGGCAGAUAUGAGUGAGCAGACGAGGAGAAAGGUCAAUUGUAUAUUGGGUCGGGUGGCUGGGCCGGGCGAGGCGUGGGAUAUCAAUGUGCCCAUCUUUUCGCAGGUGGAGGAGUUGGCGGCCUGAGGUAGUGAAGUUUGGAAUGGCUGUCAUCUUGGCGAACAUGCUUGAGGCUUGUAGGAGUUUGGUAUUGGUGUUUUUGUGUUAGGCUGGUUUGGAUACCCUUUGAAUACUUUUCUUGCUCAAAAAUAUACAUGUCACUACCUUCGAUAUUGGCCAGAACGUGAACAAGGCUGGUUCGAAGAGUUCGUUCUGCCUACUCAGUGCUUCCCACGUUGACACGAAUACAGUGAUUUGAAG